CGUGAAUUAUAAAGAGGGUAAAGACUAGGUAUAUUUCCCAAAUCGCCUAAUAAAUUUCUCCUCUUUACCAGUCCAAAACCCUAAACCCCUCACCACCGCACCUCGUGUGUGAACUUGCUUCUCUCCGGCGAAGAACUUGUCGGCGCCCCUUAGAGAGCUAACAAUGGCAGAGGAGGUGCCACAGGAUCUAAAUUAUAUACCAGAAGUGAUUCUAAAGAAGAGGAAGAACAAUGAAGAAUGGGCAAUCAGAAGAAAACUCCAGCUAGAGCAGAGAGUCAAGAAACUUAAAUCUGAUAAUUUCACUAUCAAGAAGCCUGAGCAGUUUAUUCGAGAGUAUAGGGAUAAGGAGAUGGAUCUUGUCCAAAUGAAACAAAGGGGUAAGAAAAGAUCCAGGCGAGCAUUUGCUACGUCUGAUUCCAAUCUCCUUUUUGUCAUACGCAUUGGAGGGAAAAGUGAUAUGCACCCAGUAACAAGAAAGCUUUUGUACACUUUGAGACUGCGGAAAAUCUUCAGUGGUGUCUUUGUGAAGGCGGAUGCGAGAAUAUUGGAAAUUCUGCAAAAGGUGGAGCCUUAUGUCACAUAUGGAUAUCCAAAUCUCAAGAGCAUCAAGGAUCUAAUUUACAAGAAAGGUUCUGGAAAAAUUGACAAGCAGAGAGUGCCUUUAACCAGCAACGAAGUUAUCGAACAGGCAUUGGGUCAAUAUGGUAUUUUAUGCUUAGAAGACUUGGUGACUGAGAUUGCAUAUGUUGGUCCACAUUUCAAAGAGGUCACUAGCUUUCUGUGCCCUUUCACCCUCACCAAGCCCGAAAAGGCAUUACAGGGUAAGAAAAAGCGAUUUUCGGACGGGGGCGAUUCAGGCAAUCGUGAGGAUCACAUCAAUGAGCUGGUCAGCAAGAUGAAUUAGCAUAUUCAAGCAGGCCUAUUUUUGAUUGUGAUCAUUGUUUGUAAUAGUGUCACUAAAGUAUGUAGCACUUAAAACUUUUUCGUAUGAUGGCAGAAGAAUUGUACUUACCGUUACCUAAAACAAUAUUCAUUUUUUGCUCUUC